AUGCUGCUCCGGAGUUUUACUCUUCUGCUGCUCUUUUGUGUGAGUGCUCAUGAGUGUGCCACUCUGGGCCACUACCAAUCCACAGCACCUGAGGUGGAGGUUCCUGUGGUGGAGCCACAAAACACUACUAUAGAAGACCAGCACAAAGAACUCUCUGAGGUAUUGCCAAACAAAACUCCUGAAGCUGUCAAAGAACCAGGAGAAAGCAGCCAAGAUGUGGAAGCCCAGGAUCUACUCAAGGAUGAAGAAGAAAUGGGGGAGGACAACGAGAUUAAGUCAGUCCAGAUAAACACUUCCACAUCAACUGAGCAAAACAACAGUAGCUGGAGCCUCAUUAGAAACAGUUUCCAAACGAUGCAUGGCUACUUUGACUCCCUUGUGGAGCUGGUGGGGGGCCACGAUGGCGUUUGUCAGUACCGCUGCAGAUAUGGAGAACAUCCUCAGCCCCGUCCUGGCUACAAGCACCAAGAGCCCAAUGGCUGCAGCUCUUCCAUGGUGGGAUUCCAGAUUGAUCUUGGCAUCCCAGCCAUGACUGAGUGCUGUAACCAACUUGAUGUGUGCUACGACAACUGCGGCAUCAACAAGUACGACUGUGACACCAAGUUCCGUUCUUGUCUUCAGAACAUUUGCUCAGACCUUAAGAGGAGUCUUGGCUUUGUGUCCAAAGUUCAAGCCUGUGAGUCAAUGGCAGAUGCUAUGUACAACACAGUGUGGGCACUUGGAUGCCGGCCCUACAUGAACAGCCAGAGGGCAGCAUGUGUGUGUGAUGGAGAGGAGAGGGAUGAACUGUGA